AAUGUAUUUCUAGACCCUCUUUCUCCUUCACCGCGAAACAUAAAAAACAUUCUCAGCUGAGAGGCUUGGCUGCAUUUUCUGCAACAUAGCUCAAUGCGACGAACAUAAACUUGGAUUAACCGCAAACUUAAAAGCAGCAUUUGCUCCUUUCAAUGGCGAAGAACAAUCACACCGCCAGAGACAAAGGAAACAACAACAACGCGCCGCUCUCGCGGUUCGGCGUGCUCGUGGCGCAGCUGGAAUCCAUAGUCGCUUCCGCAGUUCACAAAUCUCCGGAGCCACUCCUCUGCUUCGAUCUCCUCUCCGAUCUCAUAUCCGCCAUUGACGAAGACUCCAAGGAAAAUAUUUUGUUGUGGCAAAGACGGUGUGAGGAUGCAUUGUAUUCCCUGCUCACUUUUGGUGCUCGACGGCCUGUGCGUCACUUGGCAUCAGUUGCAAUGGCAAAGAUCAUAUCCAAGGGAGAUGGAAUAUCAGUUUAUGCUAGAGCAAGCAGCCUUCAGGGAUUUCUUUCUGAUGGGAAGAGGAGUGAACCUCAGAAAAUUGCUGGUGCUGCACAAUGCUUAGGAGAAUUGUAUAAGUAUUUUGGCAGAAGAAUUACUGCAGGUUUACUUGAAACAACGACCAUAGCAACAAAGCUUUUGAAAUUUAGUGAGGAGUUUGUAAGGCGUCAGGCAUUGCAUAUGCUUCAGAAUGCUUUGGAAGGCUGUGGUGGAAGUGCUGCUUCAACAGCAUAUUCUGAGGCAUUCCGUAUCAUAAUGAGAUCUGCCACUGGGGACAAGUCCUUUGCCGUUAGAAUAGCUGCUGCAAGGUGUUUGAAGGCGUUUGCUACCAUUGGAGGUCCAGGUUUGGGGGUGGCAGAACUUGACAAUUCAGCUUCCUAUUGUGUCAAGGCUCUUGAAGAUCCUGUUUCAUCUGUUCGAGAUGCCUUUGCUGAGACUUUGGGCUCCUUGCUUGCUCUUGGAAUGAAUCCUGAGGCACAGGUUCAACCUAGGGGAAAAGGUCCUUUACCUCAAGCCAAAAAACUUGAAGGUGGAUUGCAGAAGCAUUUGACUUUGGCUUUCACAAAAGCAAGUGGAGUGCGGUCUAGGGAUGUUCGGGUUGGCCUAACUCUAUCUUGGGUAUUCUUUUUACAGGCCAUGCGCAUAAAAUAUCAGCAUCCAGAUAGCGAGCUUCAAAAUUUUGCAUUGCAGGUUAUGGAAAUGCUCCGUGCUGAUGCUUCUGCAGAUGCCCAUGCAUUGGCAUGUGUUCUUUAUAUCCUUCAUGUUGGUAUAACUGAUCAAAUGACUGAACCUACACAGAGGAACUUCUUGGUUUUUUUGGGAAAACAGCUCCAGUCAUCUGAAGCUGGUCCUUACAUGAAAGUGGCAGCUUUACGUACACUAUCAUAUACUCUAAAAACACUGGGAGAGGUUCCACUUGAAUUCAAGGCAGUUCUUGACGAAUCUGUAGUUUCAGCUGUGUCUCAUUCUUCGAAACUAGUUCGGAUAGAGGCUGCUUUGGCCUUGCGUACCUUGGCUGAAGUUGAUCCAACUUGUGUGGGUGGUUUAACUUCAUAUGGGGUGACUGCUCUUACUGCUUUAAGGGAGAAUAUAUCCUUUGAAAAGGGAAGCAGUUUACAGUUUGAUCUAGAUUCGUUGCAUGGGCAGGCUACUGUGUUGGCAGCUUUAGUGUCUAUUUCACCAAAACUCCCUCUUGGUUACCCAGCUAGACUUCCUAAAUUAGUGCUUGGAGUUUCAAAGGAAAUGCUGACCCAACACAGUCACAAUCCUGUGGCAGCCAUAGUUGAAAAGGAAGCAGGGUGGUUGCUUUUAUCAUCUCUGUUGGGUUCUUUACCAAAGGAGGAGCUUGAACAGGAGGUCUUUGAUAUUCUUGCCUUAUGGGCUACCCUCUUUACUGGCAAUCCAGAAAAUGAGCUCAAGGAAACUGAAGAUUUAGUGUCAACAAUAUAUGUAUGGUCUUCUGCUAUUCAUGCACUCACAGCAUUUAUAAAGUGCUUUAUAGCUCCCGAUGUGGUGAAUGAUGGAGUACUACUUCAGCCAGUUCUUGUAUACCUCAGUAGUGCGUUAUCAUACAUCUCAGCAUUAAGAGCCAAGGGAUUGGCACAUGUAAAGCCUGCAGUGGACAUCUUCAUCAUCAGAACUUUGAUUGCUUACCAAGCUCUUCCUGAUCCAGUUUCAUUUAAAAAUGACCAUCCUCAGAUUAUUCAACAAUGUACAUUUCCAUUCAGAUAUGCCUCAGAAUGUGAAGAAAGUUCAUGCUUGAGGUUUCUGUUAGACAAGAGAGAUUCUUGGUUGGGUCCAUGGGUUCCCGGAAGGGACUGGUUUGAAGAUGAGCUUCGAGCUUUUCAAGGCGGAAAAGAUGGCCUUAUGCCGUGUGUAUGGGAGAAUGAAAUUUCUAGCUUUCCUCAGCCGGAGACAAUAAGCAAGACUUUGGUGAACCAGAUGCUUCUUUUUUUUGGGAUCACGUUUGCUUGUCAGGAUAGUGGUGGCAUGCUCUCCCUUCUUGGCAUCAUUGAGCAGUGUCUGAAAGCUGGGAAAAAGCAACACUGGCGUGCAGCUAGUAUCACCAAUAUUUGUGUGGGCUUACUAGCAGGCUUUAAGGCUUUACAUUCUUUUCGACCACAAACAAUAGGACAAGAGAUUUUGGGUUCGGCGCAAUCUAUUUUUCAGAGUAUUUUGGCAGAGGGAGACAUUUGUGCAUCACAGCGUAGAGCAUCAUCAGAAGGUCUUGGAUACUUAGCUCGAUUUGGAAAUGAUAUUUUUACUGCAAGAAUGGCAAGAUCACUACUGGGUGACCUAAAUGGAGCAACCGAUACCCACUAUACUGGAUCUAUUGCUUUGGCACUUGGCUGCAUUCAUCGCAGUGCUGGAGGGAUUGCAUUGUCAACUUUAGUUCCUGCAACAGUGAGCUCUCUAUCAUCACUGGCUAAAAGUUCAGUAGCUAACCUUCAGAUAUGGGCUAUGCAUGGGCUUCUUUUAACUAUUGAAGCUGCUGGUUUAUCCUUUGUUUCUCACGUCCAGGCAACCCUUUCUCUUGCUAUGGACAUUCUUUUAUCUGAUGAGAAUGGUUUAGUGGACAUUCAGCAAGGUGUUGGCCGCCUUAUCAAUGCUAUAGUUGCUGUUCUUGGUCCUGAGCUUGUCCCUGGAAGCAUAUUUUUCUCUCGCUCCAAGUCUGCCAUGGCAGAGAUAAGCUGUUGGCAAGAAACUGCAACUAUGCUUGAGAGUGCACGCUUUACACAACAACUUGUUCUUUUUGCACCCCAAGCUGUUUCUGUGCACUCACAUGUGCAGACUCUUCUCUCCACUCUGUCCUCAAGACAGCCAAAUUUACGGCAUCUUGCUGUGUCAACACUAAGGCAUUUAGUGGAGAAAGACCCGGUUUCCAUUAUUGUUGAGCAGAUUGAAGAUAAGUUGUUCUUUAUGCUGGACGAGGAAACUGAUUCUGAAAUCGGUAAGUUAGUGCGGACCACAAUUAUGAGACUACUCCAUGCAUCAUCUCCUUCAUGUCCUUCACAUUGGAUAGCAGUAUGUCGCAAAGUGGUCCUUGCUACUUCAAUGAGGAGCAUUGAAAAUAGUAGUACUUCAGCAAGUGAUAACAUAGAUGGUGAUACACAGUUGAACCAUGGGGAUGAUGAAGAUAUGGUUUCUAGCUCCAACAGCAAGCAGAGUUACAAUUUUCAAGCUUCCAAUGUUGAUCCUAAUAGAGAGAAGUACCUCAGAUACCGGACCAGACUUUUUGCUGCAGAAUGCUUGAGCCAUCUUCCAGAAGCUGUAGGAAGAAAUCCUGCACAUUUUGACCUGAUUUUGGCAAGGCAAGAACAUGGAAAAGGGCCGGACACUGGUGAUUGGCUAGUACUUCAUUUGCAAGAGUUGAUAUCACUUGCUUAUCAGAUAAGCACAAUUCAAUUUGAGAACAUGCAGCCGGUUGGCGUUAGUCUUCUUGGCACCAUUGUGGACAAGUUUGAAAAAGUAGCUGACCCCGAGCUUCCUGGGCAUUUUCUACUGGAACAGUUUCAGGCCCAACUAGUAUCUGCAGUUCGUACAACCUUGGACACAUCUGCUAGUCCUAGUUUACUUGAGGCAGGCUUGCAUUUGGCAACCAAGAUACUCACAAGUGGAAUUAUCAGUGGGGAUCAAGCGGUGGUCAAGCGUAUAUUCUCAUUAAUCUCACGUCCAUUGAAUGAUUUUCAGGACAUUUAUUAUCCUUCGUUUGCAGAAUGGGUCACAAGCAAGAUCAAGAUAAGACUUCUGGCUGCUCAUGCUUCUCUUAAAUGUUAUAUUUAUGCAUCCAUGAGAAAGCACCAAAAUGGAGCUCCAGAUGAUUACCUGGCAUUAUUACCAUUGUUCCAAAAGAGCUCAAGUAUUCUGGGAAAGUAUUGGAUCCGUACAUUGAAGGAUUAUAGUUAUAUAUGCUUGUACUUGAUCCCAAAGAAGGAGUGGAAUUUGUUCCUUGAUGGGAUCCAAUCACGUAUUGUUUCUUCAAAGUUGCGCCCAUGCUUAGAUGAAUCUUGGCCUGUAAUUUUGCAAGCACUUGCAUUUGAUGCAGUUCCUGUGAAUCCUGAAGGCAGAAAUGAUUCCACCAAAGCCUCAGUCGAAAACACCCAAAAAAAUAGUGUCUCUACAAGUCAACAUAGCAUGGUUGAGUUGAAGAGUGAAGACUUCAAAUUCCUGUGGGGCUUUUCCCUCCUUGGUCUGUUUCAGUCACAACAUCCUAUCUUUUGCAGGCCAAUUUUACAGCUGGCGUUCAGUGAUGCUAAGCAUGGAGGAAACUCGCCAAAUAAUGAAGUCAACACCUCGGGCUUGAAAUUAUAUGAAAUUGUACUACCUAUGUUUCAACUUCUUUCUAGUGAAAGAUUUUUUGGCGCGGGAUUACUUAGCAUGGGUAUUUGCAAAGAACUGCUACAGAUUCUUUCAUAUUCCACGUACAUGGAUAAUUCUUGGAAUAGUCUUGCAAUAUCCAUUUUAUCACAGGUUGCACAGAAUUGCCCACAAGAAAUAUUCAAUAGUGAAAAUUUGGAUUUGAUAAUAACAGAACUUUGUUUAGAUUACCUUUUUAAAGUGUUCCGGAGCAGUGAGAGAAUUUCAGUGCCGCGUCCCAAAUGUGAUGUAAAUGUGAUACAUACACUAUGUAGCACAACAAGGGAAGUUAUUAAACGCAUUGAGACAAAGACACACAAACACGCAAAAUCUGUGGUUCUGGCAUUAGUGUUAAUGGGCUACGAGUGCAUUAGGGAGGCUUCAACUGAAGUUUGCUUAUCAGAAGCAAUUGACAUGGUCAACUGUUCAAGUUCUUUAUUAAAGAAAAUCAUUAAUGAUGAGGCUCACCUUGAUGAUGGCGCUCUGCAACUAAGAGAACUGUUUGGAACUUGUCUGAGUGUGGUUGCUGCUAUGACUAAGGAUUGCAUUGAGGGAUUCCAUUUGCAGGAGAUUAAGGGUUCCAACUUGCGCAAAUUAAUACAAAUGAAGCUUGUGUUUUCUCUUGAACAAAGUAUAUCGAUCGCCAAAUUGGCUCUUGAACUAAAAUGUGUUGCUGAUGGUGAAACAAGUAACUCUUUAUGUGCUAAUGCCCUCAGAUAUUGCAUACGAUGUAUCCAAACCGUACUUAAUGAUUCAAAUUUACAGGUUCAAGUAUUAGGUUUGCAAUUUCUUAAAGCCAGGGUUCAAAGAGAUGCUAAUACAGAAGAUAAGUCUUUCAUAAUGUUUCUUGUUGGGGAGCUAAUAACCGAUAUAUUCACUUUGAUCCAAAAAACAUUCAAGAAUCCCAUAACAAGAGAAUCCGUAACCAUAGUUAGCGAAUGCUUGAGUCUAAUGGUGCUAUUACAAACCCUGUCGAAAGGUGAUGAUUGCCAGCGAAGUUUUAUGAACAUUCUUUUGGAGGCCAUUGUCAUAAUUUUCUUGUCUACGGAAGAUGGAUCCUCUAAGGAAGUCAGUGAUUUAAGAAACACGGCCAUUAAGCUUGUUUCUCGCCUUGCUCAAAUUCCUUCAUCAGCAAUUCAUUUCAAGGAUGUUUUGCUAUCAAUGCCUCCUCUGCAUCGCGAACAACUCCAGGGGGUAAUCCGAGCUUCUGUAGUAACACAUGAUAAAAAUCCAAUGGAACUAAAAGUACCAGUUUUGGACAUUAAAAUCCCAAAGCCAUCAACAGAAAGUGAAGAUAAGCAUUCUGCACCACCGGCUGCUAUCGCGGCUCAUGUAGAUGAAAAUGAUGAGGAAGAUGAUGAAUUUGGUGAAGAUGAUUGGGAUGCCUUUCAGUCUUUUCCUGUGUCUAAAAAUGAGGAUGGAGAUGAACCAGAAACAGAGGACGCUGCUGAAGGAAAAGAUCCUUGCCUGGUUGAAAGCUCAUCAGAACCGAAAACAGAGGAUGCUGCUGAAGGCAAAGAUCCUAGCCUGGUUGAAAGCUCAUCAGAACCGAAAACAGAGGAUGCUGCUGAAGGCAAAGAUCUCAGCCUGGUUGAAAGCUCAUCAGAUAUGGAACGUUCCACCAGAGUUGAUGAGUUUCAAGAACGUUCCAUCAAUGGUGAAAAUGACCUCAAUGGCGUUGAUUGUCUAAAGACUGAUGAACAGACACGUGAUCAAACUAAUUCCGAUGCUGAGAAGUCAGGUAAUGAUGUGCAUCCAGAGAUGGAGAAAGAACUGCAACAUACUCAAACAAGUCUUGACACUAACAAGGUAAAUAGUAACGAGCAUCAAGAGAUGGAAGAAGAACUGCAUAGUAACGAGCAUCAAGAGAUGAAAGAAGAACUGCAUAGUUCUGAGCUUCAGGAAGAGGCAACAUCAACCCCAGGAAAUGAGCAAGGUUCUUCUUAUCAUAGAACUGAGGCAGAAGCUGAAGGAUCGACCAAAGGGGACUUAUCAUCAGAUAAUUUGCAAAGAAAGCCUUCACCUGAACCAUUUGUCUCACACUCUCCGCCACUUGGACAGGGUUAUUGCGAAUCAGAAGAUGCUAAAGACGGUGUAAAUGAACAGAACUCAGAUCCGCAGCCAGGAAUGUCCCAAGGUGCAAUAGAAAGUGAAAAAAGUAGUGAUAAGUUAGAACCAGCUGGUGACCACCGUGAUGAGUGAGGCGUUGUCAAUGGAAGGCCAUGACACGACCGCACGAGAUUAUAAUAUUUAUGAAUCCCACGAUCCCACAUCUGCAUGAAAAUCGCGAUUAAAAAGAUGCAUGUAUAAUUUACUUGUACCAUUUUUUGCGCUCCAACUAAUUGUAUUUUUGUUGCACAUAUUUUAUUCUCUAGCUCUGUUGUUAAUCUGUAUUAUUAUUCUGUUAUUAUUUGAGAAGCUUUUAUUCAUUUA